AUCAAGUUAAAUAACGAGGGGCGUGUCCCCGAAUCCAAUCAUCACGAUCUCGAAAAGCGAAUCGGCUGACGUAAAUAAAAGGUUUUAGGCUAAAAUUUUCAUACUUUCGCCGGCUAUGAGUUUUCACCCAGCCUUUUGACAAUCACGCCCACACAAUGAAUCACAGCAAUGAGCAAAACCAGCAGCAGCAGCAACAGCAGCGGACCACAACUAACCAAGGCUGCAUGAAGGUUUUUAUUCAGAGGGACUACAGCGACGGCACACUGGUCAAGUUUAAUACUUGGUUCCCUCCUGAACUAGAAGAUAAGAUCGAAAGACAUGCUUUUGAAUAUACUGUAAACCAAAUGAACGCAAUGUACUCCGAGGCGGAAAAAGCUGGUUGUGGAACCUAUUGCGAAGGAUGCCUUGCUUGUCUCACAGCUUACCUCAUGUACAUGUGCACUGAAACCCAUUACGAAAAGUGUCUGAAGAAGAUUGCCAAAUUUGUCGUGGAACAGAAUGAAAGGGUGUACGUACCUAGAGGUCUACUCGUCACCGAUCCCUCGGAAAGAGGGCUCAGAGUUAUUGAGAUUUCAAUUCUAAAUGAGCCAGCAACAGCAACAAACAGGUCAUGACUCUCCCUUUCUCUGUCCACAGAAGAAUUUUUCAUGUAGUUAGUCAGAAAAAUUAAGUGUCACACCCAUUUCCUUAUUGCAACGAUCAUGUUCUCUUUUACACCGUGCGGAUGAUUUCUUCAUCGCAACCAAUUGAUUGGAAGAAUGUUACAAUGGGGAACUACGCGGAACAAUUCUCUUGGAGAUUUAGGGCCCAAAAUUUGUGCAUUUUUUUCUUACUCAAGUGGUGCAUUCCUCAUUUAUUUUCAAAGCUUGGUCUGGUGCUUGCAGCCAACCUCUUCAGAUCAGUCAGUUUUCCUUGAUUUUCUCUUCUGGGCGGACAGAUGCUGGCUAAAGCCGGCAAGGAAAGAUUGCUUUGUACGUAAUGUGAAGGGACGUGAAUAAUUUUGUUUGUUUCCAUUUAUAAGUAGCUGGCCAAAUAUGUGAUUUUGGUUUUCCUAGCAAAUUAACAAUAUUUUAUCAGUGUCCGCUAAAUUUUUGGAAAAAACACCGAAUGGCAAUAAGAGCAAAUUUUUGUUUCUGGACAAGAUUGAUGCCGAAUCGGACUGAAUGUUUGCAAAUAUUUAAAAUAUAAUUAAUAUUUGAGGAAGGUAUUCUUUGUAAAUAUUAUUUAAUAAUAAUUUAAAAUAAUUGACAGUAUAAUGAUUAAAGUUAUAUGCAUUGAAUGAAUUAAAUAUUUGCUUUAUAUAGAAUCCAUUUUUGUGAGCACAAAAUGAAAGUAUUGGCACUUUCAAGAGAACUCUUAGGAUUCGAUGUUUUAGCUUGGUGAAAUUAUUUAUUCAUGCAUUAUCCAACGAGUUAAGAGGUAUCACCCGGAGCAAAUUUGGGAUACGACAAAGUUUUUGAUAUCAGCCUCAAAGGUUAAAUAUGCUUCAAAUUCGAAUUAUGAAGCCAGCUUUCAUUCAAUCAUAAUGAUGUGUUGUAGGUAGACUCUACUUGACAAGACAAAUCGGUCAGCGGGUUAGUUUUGACUUGCCAAAAGUCAAGAUUUUAGACUUUUGCCGGAAAGUUGGCUAAUGGCUCAAUAACGGUUAGGUUCAUAUUUUAAAACUUUCUUAGCCGACUUUCUGGUCAUGUAGCUAGAAUUUUGUCAUUUAGAAAAAAUUCUAAAUACUGUUUUAAUUUACAUUUUUUCCUGAAAAAUAUGCGAUAGAUUAAUUAACAACAUCUUAAAAUCAGGAGGUGUGUCAUAAUAUGUUUAUUAUAUUGCUCCACGAUAAAUUAUUCAAAAAUUUCAAAGCCCAAAACUAACCCUCUUGGAAAUAUCUAAUUUGUGCGGUUCACAUCAGGAUAGUCCACACGAUUCAAUGGGUUAGCCUGAAACUAAAAUGUCGAAUCCUUGUUCGCGCUGUUUGGAAGGAAAAGCAUAAAUAAUGAAGCCGUGCCAACUUUUCAAAUCAGAUAUAUAUAGAUUUAGCUUUCCUCCUCAAUUUGCGUUGGUAGUGCCACUCUUUCGAUUUGUUCUUCAGUAUCUCUGUAUUUUAUAAUCCACAAUUCACCUUCAUCAAAAUUUGCUUCCCUAAUAAAACAAUGUGAUUAUUCAUGCUA